AUGGCAGACUUCCGUGUCAAGCUUGAGGCCGAGCAAUCGCCUUCACCUAAAGACAGUCCAGUCUUCGUAGGCGACGAUGAGAAUCACACUCGACGUAGCGCAUCUCCGUUUACAUUUACUGCUGACUCUCCCAGGCGCAAUCCCUCACCAUCACCUACUCCCUCAUUCGCAGACAAGGCUCCCAAUCAUGUCAUUCCAACAUGGCAGCGAUGUGGCAAUCUUGACAGGCUGACCCAAGUUGAUAUCAAGGAAGAAGCCGUUAAAAAUGGUCUCACUACACUCAGAGAAUUAGAAGCUGCUCUUCAGCAUCACCCAGAAGUUUGGAGUUCCACCAAGUGGCUGGAACGUAUUGCGGCAAUACGAGCAGCUAAGAAAGAGUGCCGAGUUCUGAUCGGAUUCCUCGGAGUUAUUGGGGCCGGAAAAUCAACCCUCAUCAACUCCGUUCUUGGGCUUGAGGAUCUUUUACCUGCCGAUGAUGAAAAGGCUUGCACCGCCGUCAUCUGUGAAAUUUCAUGGAACCCUAGAAAUGACCCAGCUGCUGCCUAUGUGGCUAUUAUUGAUCGCAUCAAUAAGGAGGACUGGGAGUCUGAGCUUGAAAAUCUUUUUCGGGACCUUGCCGAUAAGAUAUCUAACAAGGAUGGAGAUAGUGAAGAGCCAGAUCUCGAGCGAGACGAGCGGAUCAAGGCUGCUUUCGGCAAAGUUAAGUGUGUCUAUCCUUCCAUCAAAAGUCUCGAGGCAUUGCAACGUCAAACUGUUGCCACUCUCAUGAACCAUUGUAAUGUCCGAGAUAUCCUGGGUCAGAGCAAAACUAUUAAGAGCGAUAAUCUUUUAAAAUUUGCCGAUUCUAUCAAGCCCUACAUUGAUAGCAGCAAUUCCAAGGAAGAUAAUGGUACCUAUGAAUUCGCUCAAUGGCCUCUUGUUAAGCUUGUUCGCCUCCAAAUCAAGGCCGAAGUUCUCAAGACUGGCAUCGUUCUUGUCGAUCUUCCAGGUUCACUGGACACCAAUGCAGCUCGUGGGGCCCUUGCUGCAACUUAUACAAAAAACUUGACUCUCAGCUGUGUUGUUUCGCCAACGAGCAGAGCAGCUUCAGACAAGCCAGCUCAAGAUUUACUUGGGUCUAUCACAAAGCGUUACUUGCAAUUAGAGGAUCAGUUUUCAAGCGACCAUCUAUGCUUCAUCGUUACCAAGAUUGAUUCAUCUCUUAGUGUGGCCCGAUACAUUAGGACCCAUCCGGAAGUCAGCAAACAACUCACCGAUGUUCACGAGAAAGAAGCCAGAAAUCAAGAAGGCAUUGAAUGUAUUAGUGCCUCCGAGGCUACAUAUAAACAGAGCAUAAAGGAGUAUAAGCAAGACUUGGCUGAACGCAAUAAACAGAUGAAGGAACUCGGAGCACAUAUUAAUACUGCCAAGUUGAAGCGCAAGCGUGACGAUACAGCUCCCAUUGCGCCUGCAUUGGCGGCGGAGAACAAACAAAACAAAAAGCAUUAUUUUGAAAUGCAGAAGGAAGCUCAGGAGAUUCAGAAUAAGAUCAAAGAUCAUGAAAGCUGGCUUCUUAAAGCUCAGCAAACAUUAACAAAGUUGCGUGGUACACAGUGGAUACUUGAUUCAAAAAAGGUGCGAGCGUGUAUUCAAAACCGAAAUGCAGUUUCCACUACAGCGUUACGAGAUGAUUUCGAGGCCGUCAGGAAGCAAAUGGGGGAGAAGAAGGCAGAAAAGCCUUUGCAAGUCUUCUGUGUCUCUUCUAUGGCAUUUUUCGACCUUAUGAUGGGACAGAGAUCGAAUCAAGGGUUUUUCACAGUGAAGGACACUGGAAUUCCAGCCUUGCGAGCAUGGCUGAUCAAUGCUACAUUGGGCACUCGUAGCCGAAAUGCUGAAUCAUUCUUGGCGGAUAUUGAGAGUCUAGAAACUUCGUUGCGAUUGUGGGCCGCUGAUACGACUGUUGAGUAUAAGCUGCCCGCCGCUCAAAAAGAUGAAAUCGAAAACGCUUUUGAUGAGCAAGUAGAUAUUCUAUGCAAGGCAUGUAAGUUAAGAGAGCUUAAUACGCGCACAGUCGAUCAGAUUGAGAAGCAUUUUGAGAAUGGUAUCUUUAAGCAUAUGCCAUUAACAGAGAAGAAAGCUGUUGCAAAUGGUGAGAUUGCCGUCAGAGGUUGGGCCCAGCGACCAAUGGCAUGGGGAACUCACCGAGCUUGUAAUCGCAAUCAGGGAGAUUGGAAGAGCAAUACUGGUACAGUACAUCAUUGGAAUGAUGAUUUAGGUGCCUUGUACCUCGAUGACUACAUGAUCAAGCACUGGCGCAAAACAGUUCACAAGACUUUACCUGAUUUUCAUCAAAAGUACAACCACUCUGUCGGCGUUGUCAUCAACGUAUUCGUUGAUCGUGUUGUGAGCGCAGCUACAGCCAUCUGUCCUCAAGUUGCUGAGCCUUUGGGUCUUUGGAAGCAGAGUGUCAUGAAAGGUGCUAAACCAUUGAAGGAUAACGCCGAGGAAAUUUUCCAGACCAAGAUCAAAUCUACAGCUACUGAUGCACAUCAGCUUAUUGUUCCAAAGAUCCGAGAAAUAUGGUUACCCAUCUACGAAAAGUGUGGUGAGAAUUUGAUACUCUUCAAGGCAAAGGUCACUUCAAGCGCAAACAUUGAGACCCACGUUGAUUUCAUUCAGAAAAACGGUUCGACCCAUCUUGGUACCACGCUUCCGGACGAAUUCUCUAAGAGUACUGACACAGCAACCGCUAAGAUCAAGGAAGAGUUCAGCAUGAUGAUGGAUAACCAUACCAUUAAGGAUACUACCCUUACAGGCGGAGUUGGUGGGGUUUGUCCAUCCAAGGUCAAGUUGCGGGAUGCGCUAAACUUAAGUUUCGCGACUCUGCACUCUGCCUGGGGUGAAGAGGCUGCAGAAGCAGUUGUGGAGGAGGAAGAAGAGCCCGAAGAAGAGGAGAUCGACAUAUCUGAGUUUAAGGCAGAGAAGGGUAUGGAAGAAGACACCUUUGUUGUCUCCGACAUCAGCGAUGUCGAGGAUGAUGUAAAGGAUGGCGAUUACGUUCCAGGAGCUUAA